AUGGCAUCAAUCUUCCCCGGUGUUGUGUUGACGUGGGAUGACCUUGCAGUUCUCGUGGUCAUCUUAGCCGGCAGCUUCUUCUAUCUCAUCAGAACAUACCGGACUGGGAAGGUCGAGGAUGGAUUCGACCUGUAUUUUGUGUCUCCCCAAGAAGAAGCAGGUAUAAUACGACGCAGCAGCAAGGAUGACGACGCCCCAAGGAGCAUCGAACAAGAACUGCAGAAAUCUGGAGAUUCGGUGUGUAUCUUUUGGGGUUCACAAAGUGGACGUAGCGAGAAACUUGCCCAAGAUCUAGCUCGCGAAUGUCGUCUGCGUUAUGGUAUUCCUGCCAUGGCUGCAGAUUUAGCUGAGUACGAUCACGAGUACUUGUCCCAAGUCUCCCAGAAGACCGUGAUUGGUUUCGUCGUGGCUACGUUCGGAGAAGGGAAUCCGUGCGAUAAUGCUGUCGGCCUUUACGAAACUCUCCAGUGCUUCCAAAAGUCAGCAAACACUCAGGCACUCUCGAAUCUGUCGUAUUUUGCAUUUGGGUUGGGCAACAGCAGGUACCAAUACUUCAACCGAUUUGUGGACUUUGUCGAUUGCACUCUGGCUGAGUCUGGAGCGCGUCGACUUGGAGACGUUGGUAAAACCGAUGAAGCCUUUGCGGGUGAUUCCAUUUGGACGACAUGGAAGGAAAGCAUCCUGAGCGAGCUCUCUCAGCACUUUGGCAAAAAGGAGACUCCAGGUUGGAGGUCAAACUUCAGCGAGGAGUUCAACAUCUUUGAACCUGAAAAUGGUCACCUCAUGGUCGCUCGAGAAUCCCACGUAGCUGAGCUUCUCACGGGAAAAUCAAGCUCACAGACCGUAGCUUGCAGCAAAAUCAAUGAGGUCAGAUUGAUCCCUAGUCAGGUUGGAGCUGUGGCGGCUUCUUCGGACCACUGUGUGCAUGGCGACGGUGUGAUGCACAGGUAUCUUCACGUCGAGUUUGAUGCGCGUUCUCUCCAACUUCGGCAGUACCAGAGCGGAGACCACCUUGCUGUUUGGCCCAUCAAUGUGGAGGAAGAAGUCAAGGUUCUCGCGGAAAACUUUGGAUUUGACGAAAAGGCCCUGGACCGUCUGGUGGAAAUCGGGGUGCCGAAACAGCAAGCAAACAAUCUGAUACCAUCCCCAACGACGAGAAGAUCACUUCUCCGAUACUAUCUCGACAUUUCAGGGCCUGUCUCUCUCGAACUAGUCGAAGUCCUUGCACGUUAUGCUCCGACACAAGCAGGUCGCGAGUACUUGGAGCAAAUCGUCAGACAAUUCCCUUCUUGGGUUACGCGGACGUCGACGAGCUUCUUCACAUGCGGUAAACUGAUGAGACAAGCUGUUCCCGACACCAGCGAGCCCUGGCCCGUGGGGCUCUUUGCAGCUCUCCUCGGAAACCUACCCAAGCUACGGCCUCGGUAUUUCUCGAUAGCUUCCUCCCCGCUUGUCGACCCUGACAGGAUUGCCAUCACAGCUUCCGUGCUGGAGAAACAAACUGGUGAGGAAGGGGUCAAGUUCCACGGCCUGACGACCAACUACCUUUUGAAUUUGUAUCAGCAACAAAUCGAUGAAGGAACAACGUCCAAGACGGUUCGGCCAGGACCUACCUAUCACCUCAGCGGACCGAGAAGCAUACUUACCGGUGGAAGGGCGCUUGUCCAGGUCAGACAGUCAUCCUUCAAAUUGCCGGUCGACGAGGCAUGCCCGAUUUUGAUGAUAGGCGCAGGAAGUGGUGUAGCCCCGUUCAGAGGGUUUGUGCAAGAACGGGUUCAGCGCCAGAAGCAAGGCAUUCCUCAAGGACGAAUGAUUCUUGUCUUUGGUUGCAGGAGUCCUCAGGAAGACUUCUUGUAUGCGGAGGAGUGGGAGAAGCAUGCUGGCUCGGGAAUAUUUCAGAUCCACUGCGCAUUUUCUCGACAUGGGCCUCGAAAGGUGUACGUGCAAGACAAGUUGUGGAGCGAGCGUGACAUGGUCCACAAGCUGAUCACGGAUAGAAAGGCUUCGAUAUAUAUAUGUGGCAGUCUCAACAUGGCCGAGGGUGUCAAAAAGACCAUCAACGAGAUCGUGACGGGAUCAAGCUUGAACAAUGGUUAUGUCGAACAGAUGAAGAAGGAAAGAAGACUGCAGGAGGACGUUUGGGCAACGUAG